AUGAGAUCUCGAAAUAAUGGAAAGAUCUCCAUAGCCGUCGUCCUUUCAUACGUAUUCGACUGGGUGAUUUGUAUUGUUGCAGCAGCGCUUGGUUCUGUGUUCAAUUACCAGACGCCCAAUAAACGACCCUUUUCACUCGUCGAUCCAGAUAUCAGCUUUCCACAUCAAAAUCACGAGAAAGUCCCCACCUCUCUCCUUGCCGUUUUGUCAUUUAUCGUACCUGCUCUCGUCAUUCUUCUCGUCACUUUGACUCUGGUCCCAGGCCCAACAGUCCCAAAAUCUGUACCCAAAGCUUUGAUUUGGAAACGGAAGUUAUGGGAAUUGCACGCUUCUUGGCUCGGACUUGCAUUAUCCUGCGCCUUGGCAUUCGUCAUCACGAGUGGAAUGAAGAAUCUUUUUGGACGACCCCGUCCAGAUUUGAUAUCGAGAUGUAUUCCUGAUAUGGAAAAUAUCGCAAAGUGGGCUGUUGGUGGUGGUGAUAGACCAGAAGGAAUUGUUUUGGUUCAAGCGGGUAUCUGUCAACAAACAGAUAAGGAGAUUCUCAAUGAUGGAUUCAGAUCUUAUCCUUCUGGUCACUCAUCAUUUUCAUCUUCCGGACUUGUCUACCUCAGUCUCUUCCUAGCAUCUAAACUCGCCUUAACAGUCCCUUACCUUGCACCUCAAGCUUAUACCGCCGAUUCUUCACUCUCUCAUUCUGCAUUUCCAUCCCGCCACACUCCGAGUCAUCAGCGUAGUGAUUCUGAAGUUUCCGCCAAGAACAUGGAUACAUCAGCUCUCACAUCAGGUCACAACGAUAAGUUAAUAGCCUCCCGCAACCAAGCUGCAGCUCCUCCCCUCUACCUCCUCCUCAUCACUGUUAUCCCUACCUUUCUAUCUGUCUACAUCUGUUCAACCCGCUUUUCCGAUUUCCGUCAUCACGCUUUCGAUAUCCUAUUUGGUUUUUUCCUCGGCGUCCUCACGGCCAUCUUUUCAUUCCGCUUCUACCAUCUCCCUCUCUCCCAAGGCGCAGGCUGGUCAUGGGGACCCCGCAGUUCCGACCGUGCGUUCUGGGCCGGUGUGGGAGUGGGUAGCUAUGUAAGUAACGCGAAUAGUCCCGUCGGCGGACUCCAUCACCAUGAUCAUCACCAAUCCACAAGCUACGAGAGUCACAUGACUCGCACUGGAGAUUUGGAAGAAGCGCGCACCGAUAGUGCGCAUGGCCAUAAUAGAAAUGUGAGCAAUUUUGAAGUAGGGAAUCAUCCGCCUCCGAAUGUGAAUCUGCAUCCUGAUUUGAAUCCUAACGCAAUGACGGUGUAA